AUAUAAACUGAUGGAAUGUGUUAGUUCUCCACAACCGGUACGUCGAUAACGUAUUCCUCUGAGCAUCGAUCAGAAGCAAGAGAUUUCACAGGCCUGACAAGAUCAAGAUGUCGUCGUACGGGUCAGGAUUUCGGAACUCGGUCCCUGCCCAGCAGGGAACAACAUUGUAUGGAACCUCCUAUGGAGCUACUGACUCGCAAUCAACGGCUUCAUCGUACUACAAUGAUCAAUCUCUAAAAGAGACGUGGGGCCUCUUCUGCUCGAUGCACCACAUGGGUUGCUGCCGGAUGGGCACCACGGUGGGCAACGGCACCAUCGACGCCCAUGGCGAGAGCUGGGAGGCGGAGCAGCUGUAUGUGUGCAAUGACAGCGUGCUGCCCACCGCAGUGGGCAUCAACCCCAUGAUCACCGUACAGUCCGUGGCGUAUUGCGUUGCCAAUGGCAUUGCUGACUCCCUGUCCGGAUCAUCGAAAAGCACGACAGGAAGGGUGCCUGCGCAGCAAUCUUCUGAUUACAAGUCGAAGACUGCAGAUCAGUACUACUAUAACAGCAUAAGCAGUAGCAAAAGCCAGCAGCUGGGAGGUGCUGGAGCAAAAUCAAGCAAGGGCACGAUUAAGAGGUAUCCGACACUCAAUGGUUGAUCGUAACUGAUUUGGCAGUGCUCCUGAUGAUGAUGAAAAAUCAACGGAUUCAUAUAUAUAUACUCAUAGAAGCACCGUGUAUACAGAUAAUUUCUUUAUGUUGUUCAUUAGCCUUUGCAUACUAUGUAUUCGAUUUUUUCAUUGGUUCAUUAUUGGGGGUAUCAAAACAAUUAACCUUGUUUUGGGUUCAUCAGUAUGUACAUUUAUAUAUGUCGCUA